AUGGAAUUGAUUGAGUGUCCCGAGGGUGUAUUUAACCUUGUAGAAAUUGAUUUUGCAGGUAAAUAUACAAGAACAGUGAAUGAGAAUCAAUAUAUCAUUGUCUUAACCGAUUAUUUGUCCAAAUUUGUCAUUGCGAAAGCGGUACCGAACUGCACGGCUCAAACGGCAGCUGAAUUCAUCACUGAGGUGGCAUUUCAGUUUGGUCCCCCAGCACAAGUGCAAACUGACAACGGACCGCAUUUUAUAUCAUUCACAUUUGAGGAGGUCCUGAAUAAUCUUGGGUGCGUUCACAACCUCUCAACACCUUACCAUCCGCAAACAAACGGUCAGGUGGAGCGGUUUAAUGCAACCUUGAAACAACAACUGGCGAAAUUUCAAAAUGAGGACAAAGAUAAUUGGGAUGAUAAACUACCAGCGGUCAUCUACGCAUACAACACCGCUCUUCAUCGCUCAACUAAGUUCACACCGUAUGAAGUUUUUUACGGUCGUCAGCCGAGAUUGCCGUUUGAUCCAAAGAGGAAACGCAUCACGUUGCCCCAUGUAUCCGACUACACUCAACAUCACAAUCGGCUAGGCCUAUUCUACAACAAACAAGCUCGUUUCAACAUCCGUCAUAGUCAAGAACGAGCGAAAAUUCGCUACGAUAGCUCCCGUCCGAAUCUCAAAUUUGAAAUAGGACAAAAAGUAUUUAUUGUCAUCCCGGGGAUGCAUAUCUCGGAUAACGAGCAAUCGAUGCCUCCACCGUCAAUACCAUCACAACAACCGAUUCGUUCAAUCACAAUUCUGUUGCGUCGUAUUGCCCUACCAAUAUCGUUGACACAUUCGUCUAAAUCGUCUCAACCACCAUCAAAAAGGAAUGUCGUUCCAGUAGAACUCGGCAAUAAUCCAGUGACAAAUCAACCAUUAUCACAUGAUGAUCCAGUUUAUACAACGUUGUCUUUUCCGACGCCUCCAACAGCUGGGGAUACAUCAUCACUUAAGAAAUAUAAGGCUGAUCUAUGCCAUAUCUUUGGGCAACACAAUACCAAUAUACCAACACCACUGGCAUUGGCAAACACUCCUGGUCACCCAGUUGUUCGCACCUCAACACCCUCACCGUUGACAACAGCAAUUGUUACUCCUCUUCCUCAUACAUCUAAGUCAACCAUCACCUAUACCAUACGUUCUCCACCAGAACACGUACCGAUCGAACUAGGCGACGAUCCGAUCAUUCUUACUGUUCAUGCACCGACUCGUAAUAUUGACGACGAUGAAAUCGAUGAAGCGCCAAGUCCCAUAUCCGACGAUGAACCAAUUAUUCUUGCUGUUUAUGCACCGACCCGCAAUAAUGAUGGCGAUGAAAUCGAUGAAGCACCGAGUCCUGUCCUUGACGCACGCGACGAGGCAAUAAUUGAACAACUAUUAGCACCACCCAUCGUCCACAUGCCGGCAGAACCAAUUUCCCCGUUACCAGCCGAUAGUUUUCCGUCCGACUUCAGUUUUGCGUUAUUCGUGUUUUUCUUAUUAUGUCGUCAGGUCAUGAUAUCAUCCAAUCCUAUCCAACAACCGACAACGUUGGCUAUUUGCUACAACGGGCUUACCGAACCUGUCAACAUGACCGUUCGCGCUCGCUCUCUUCAUCGCGACCAACGACCAACACAUGUUUUCCACUGCUCCCAUCUACCGUUGGAUCUAUCUCGUCACCCAGGUCCGCAUGCAUCACCAGGGAGCACACCCCACUGUUAG